AUGACCGCUGCACCUGAAUUCACAUCGCCUGUGCCUGCUGAGGAGCUGACCCGCCGCGCCGAGACAUACCACAAGCAGCUGCUGGCCAGCAACGUCAAGCUGACAACGCCGCCAGUCUCGCGCCUGCAGCUCGUCAGCAUCAAGCCCACUGGCGCCAAGGGCGACCGGGUCACCAGCGCCUUCCUGACCUUCACAUUCAGCGUCGAGAACACCGACUGCAAUACCUGGGGCACGAUCCACGGCGGCUGCGUGUUCACUCUGUUCAAUGCGGCCGGCAAAAUUGCCACUGCCGUGGUUGCCAAUGGCGCAAAGAAGAUUGUGUCGACCGACCUGACCACGAAUUACCUGGCGGGCGUGCCGGUCAACUCGACUGUGACCCUGGAGAUCGAGUGCCUGCGGACGACAAAAUCUAUUGGCUUCCUGCGUGGCUGUAUCAAGGACGAGAAGGGCAAUUUGGCGUACAUUGCCACGCAGAAUGUCUCGUUUGAGCUGUAA